GCAUCUCUCACAAGCUUACUCAACACUUUUUAAUUUGAUAUAAUCCAUUAUACAACAAAAUACUCCAAAAUGCAGUCAGCAGCAGCAGCAGCAGCAGCAACUCUCAGCAUUGCACCACCCCUUAUUCCUAAUCUCUCACCCUCCAAAGCCUUCUCCCCAAGGCUUGGCAGCUCCAUUGGUUCCCCUCGGCGCGGCCUUCCAAUCAAAGCAACCGCCACCACCUACGACACUUCCAUGGUUGACUACAGCUCUAUGCUCUCUGUGUUUCCAGCAGAGGCGUGUGAGACAAUCGGCGGAGAUGCAUGCCGGGCAGACAUAUACCCUGAAGUAAAGCUACAACCGGAGGCCAGAAACAACUCCCCGAGGACCACAACAGAGUUGAUGGACAGAGAAUAUCUGGAAUACAAUGAUGCCAAAACGGUUUUCUGUGCUGAGGCGUGCGAUGAUUUGGGCGGAGAAUUCUGUAGCCGAGAGUAUCAAAGGGGAGUGUAUUAGAAACAAGUGACCAUAUCGCCAGGAUCCUUUUCAGCUAUCAGGAUUCAGGACUGGAUAUAUUUAUAUAGAAAUAUGCGAUGUAUAUAACAGACCUUUUACUUGCUGUGUAACUACAUAUAACUUCUUUAAUGAUAUGAUAUAGUUUGGAUUUGGAGCAGAAAAGUAAA